UCCAAAGGGAAACGGGCAGGCGACAGGCGCGGGAGAGUAUCCGCCUAUUAGCGGCACAUGGCGAUGCCGCACGGUGUGUUUUUUUGCACACUACUAGUUGAAGUGGUAACUAGGAGAGCAUGACUAACUAGUUGUGGGUGAAAUUAUGGGAUGCAUCGUCAUGGCAACAGACCAGACGUCACAAUCUGGGCAUGUGUGUUCCAUUUUUGUCUUUCUUAUUUUUCAGACUGGAAGACCUGGAUAGAGAUCAGUGGAAAAAAAUAAAUGAUUUUUAUUUAAUUUUUUUUUACUCCUGGAGAGAGAGCCCGAGAUUCACUGCGAAAAAAAAAUUAAAAAAAAAAAAAAUUAACUGAGCGACGAAUACAUUUCUUUUUGGGUGAAGAAAGAGACUGGGCUGCGGCGUCUGGAGGGUUAACUUUCAGUAUUCUCAGCCUAAAAGGGGUUUGGGGGCUAUGAGAUAAAGAUGCCGGGGUCGCUGAGUAAUGAAGACGAGGGACAAGACGACAUGGAUUUUGAAGACGAUAUGCCAGAUGAGGAUGACGAAGGUGAGCGCAACACUGUUCCCCUUACACCCCUCGACAGCUUUUUUUCUGAUGAUGACUCCCUCAAACAACAAAAGAAGAAGAAGCCCAAAAAGAUGAAAGAGGGAAAAAUGCCCAAAGUUAAGAAGAGGAAAAAGGAGGGAGGAAUUCAGGCGAGAGUUGACAGUGACCUGGAGGAGACCUCAGAGGUGGAGGAGGAACGGGAGCGUCCUGAAAUAGGCUCGGAGAGCGAGAGCAGCAUGUACGGCCCCACCAAGAAGAAGAAGAAGAAACCGAAGGAGAAGAAGGAGAAGAAGCCCCGGAAGAAGAAGAGAGAUGAGGAGGAUGAUGACGAUGAUGAUGAUGAUGGUAACUUGAAAGAACCUAAAUCAUCCAGCCAGUUGAUGCAGGAGUGGGGUCUCGAAGACGUUCAGUACGGCUUCACCGAGGACGACUACAAAACCAUCACCAACUACAAGGCUUUCAGCCAGUUCCUCAGGCCUCUCAUUGCCAAGAAGAACCCGAAGAUUCCCAUGUCAAAGAUGAUGACGGUGUUAGGGGCCAAGUGGCGAGAGUUCAGUGCCAACAACCCGUUCAAAGGCGCAUCUGCCACCGCUGUGGCCGCCGCUGUGGCCGCCGCUGUGGAAACGGUUACCGUGGCACAGCCAACGUCUGUCAGCAGCAGCCAGCCGAGCUGUCAGUUGGGGCCAAUCAAAAAAGCCAAAACCAAAGAGGGAAAGGGACCAGGAGUUAGAAAGAGAAGUAAGACUGUGAAGGAGGUGAAGAAGAAACCGAAGCCGAAGAAGACCAAAUCGAAGUCGGGCCAAAGUGGGAAGAAGAAGAAAGCAUCCUCGAGUGAGGAAGACUUCCUGGAGGAGUCGGACUUUGAUGACAUCAGCAUCCACAGUGCCUCCGUGCUUUCUGAUACGUCGGGGGCCGCCACCAAGAAAAAGGCCCGACGUGGGCGGAAAAAAAGGAAAAAGGAAGACGGCGACGGCUAUGAGACAGAUCACCAGGACUACUGUGAGGUCUGCCAACAGGGUGGAGAGAUCAUCCUGUGUGACACCUGUCCCAGAGCGUACCACCUGGUCUGUCUGGACCCUGAGCUGGAGAAGGCCCCCGAGGGAAAAUGGAGCUGUCCGCACUGUGAGAAAGAGGGAAUCCAGUGGGAGGCCAAAGAUGAAGAGGAGGAAGAGGAGGAGGCUCCGGGCGAGGAAGAGGAUGACCACAUGGAGUUUUGCAGAGUGUGUAAAGACGGAGGAGAGCUGCUGUGUUGUGACACCUGCCCUUCUUCCUACCACAUCCACUGCCUCAACCCGCCUCUCCCAGAGAUCCCAAACGGGGAGUGGCUGUGUCCUCGAUGCAUGUGCCCUCCCCUGAAAGGUAAAGUACAAAAGAUUCUGCACUGGACAUGGGGAGAGCCCCCACUGCCAGCUGAGCUGCCUGCAGGCCCUGACGGAAAGCCAAAUGAUCCACUGACCAAGCCCCCACUCAAGGGCCACCCAGAGAGGGAGUUCUUUGUGAAGUGGGCUGGCCUUUCAUACUGGCACUGCUCCUGGGUCAGCGAGCUGCAGUUGGAGCUGUAUCACACGGUCAUGUAUCGGAACUACCAGCGAAAGAACGACAUGGACGAGCCGCCGCCGUAUGACUAUGGCUCCGGAGAAGAGGAGCUCAACAGCGAGAAGAGGAAGAGCAAAGACCCCCAGUACGCUGUGAUGGAGGAGCGCUUCUAUCGCUAUGGCAUUAAACCAGAGUGGAUGGUUAUCCACCGGAUACUCAACCACAGCUUCGAUAAGGAUGGCGACGUGCAUUACCUGAUCAAGUGGAGAGACCUGCCCUACGACCAGUGCACCUGGGAGGUGGAUGAUUUCGACAUCCCAGAGUAUGACACCCAUAAAGCUUUUUACUGGGACCACAGGGAGCAAAUUCUAGGGGAGGAUCAACGCCCCCUGGUGGUGAGGAAAGGAAAGAAACUGAAAGACGACCAUCCAAAGAGGGAGGUCCCCCCUGAUGCUCCCAUCAUAGAUCCAACCAUCAAGUUUGAGCAUCAGCCGUGGUACAUUAAUGCCACUGGAGGAACACUGCACCCGUAUCAGCUGGAGGGCCUGAACUGGUUGAGGUUCUCCUGGGCUCAGGGCACAGACACCAUCCUGGCUGAUGAGAUGGGCCUGGGGAAGACAGUGCAAACAAUAGUGUUUCUCUACUCGCUAUAUAAGGAGGGUCACUCUAAGGGGCCUUUCUUGGUGAGUGCGCCCCUCUCCACGAUCAUCAACUGGGAAAGGGAAUUUGAAAUGUGGGCUCCAGAUUUCUACGUGGUGACGUACACGGGGGACAAAGACAGCAGGGCGAUCAUCAGGGAGAACGAGUUCACCUUUGAAGACAGCGCAGUGAAAUCGGGGCGCAAGGUGUUCCGCAUGAAGAAGGACACUCCAAUCAAGUUCCAUGUGCUGCUGACAUCCUAUGAGCUGAUUACAAUAGAUCAAGCCAUUCUGGGCUCCAUUACCUGGGCCUGCCUGGUGGUGGACGAGGCCCACAGACUGAAGAACAACCAAUCAAAGUUUUUCAGGAUUCUCAACGGGUAUAAGAUCUACUACAAGCUGCUGCUGACUGGGACUCCUCUUCAGAACAACCUGGAGGAGCUGUUCCACCUGCUUAACUUCCUCACCCCAGAUCGCUUCAAUAACCUGGAAGGCUUCCUGGAGGAGUUUGCCGAUAUCUCUAAAGAGGACCAGAUCAAGAAGCUCCACGACCUCCUUGGGCCGCACAUGCUCAGGAGGCUGAAAGCCGAUGUCUUCAAGAACAUGCCUGCGAAGACGGAGCUGAUCGUCAGAGUGGAGCUCAGCCCUAUGCAGAAGAAAUAUUACAAGUUUAUUCUGACGCGAAACUUUGAGGCUCUGAACUCCAAAGGUGGAGGGAACCAAGUGUCCCUCCUUAACAUUAUGAUGGACCUGAAGAAGUGCUGCAACCAUCCCUACCUGUUCCCCGUGGCUGCUGUGGAAGCUCCUGUAUUACCCAAUGGUUCUUAUGAUGGCAACCUACUGGUGAAGUCCUCAGGAAAACUGACACUGCUUCAGAAAAUGCUGAAGAAACUCAAAGAUGAAGGACACAGAGUUCUCAUUUUCUCUCAGAUGACAAAGAUGUUGGAUCUGCUUGAGGAUUUUUUGGAGUUUGAGGGUUAUAAAUACGAACGUAUUGACGGAGGAAUAACUGGAGGCCUAAGACAGGAGGCCAUUGACCGCUUCAAUGCGCCGGGUGCUCAGCAAUUCUGCUUCUUGCUUUCAACACGAGCUGGGGGUCUUGGCAUCAAUCUUGCAAGCGCAGACACUGUCAUCAUCUACGACUCUGACUGGAAUCCUCACAAUGACAUUCAAGCGUUUAGCAGAGCCCACCGUAUAGGCCAAAAUAAGAAGGUGAUGAUCUAUCGUUUUGUGACGCGAGGCUCGGUGGAGGAGCGGAUAACUCAGGUGGCGAAGAGGAAGAUGAUGCUGACCCAUCUGGUGGUGCGGCCUGGCCUGGGCUCCAAAACCGGCUCCAUGUCCAAACAAGAGCUGGACGACAUCCUCAAGUUUGGCACAGAGGAGCUUUUCAAAGACGAAAUGGAGGCAGCUCGAACCAUGGGUGACAACAAAGACGGCGAGGAGGGCAACGUGAUCCACUAUGAUGACGACGCCAUCUCGAAGCUGUUGGACCGCAGCCAGGACGCCACUGAAGACACGGAGAUUCAGAACAUGAACGAGUACCUGAGCUCCUUCAAGGUGGCUCAGUAUGUGGUGAAAGAAGAGGAUGGAGAGGAAGAGGUGGAGCGGGAGAUCAUCAAGCAGGAGGAGAACGUGGAUCCAGACUACUGGGAAAAACUCCUCCGCCACCACUACGAGCAGCAGCAGGAGGAUCUGGCUCGCAACCUGGGCAAAGGCAAACGCAUCCGGAAGCAGGUCAACUACAACGACACGACCCAGGAGGAUCAAGAAUGGCAGGAUGAUCUUUCAGACAAUCAGUCGGAGUACUCUGUGGGGUCCGAGGACGAGGACGAAGAUUUCGAGGAGAGGCCUGAAGGUGGGCGCAGGCAGUCUCGUCGGCAGCUGAAAAGCGAGAAAGACAAACCUCUGCCGCCCUUACUGGCACGUGUUGGGGGCAGUAUUGAGGUUCUGGGUUUCAACGCUCGCCAGAGGAAAGCCUUCCUCAAUGCCAUCAUGCGCUGGGGCAUGCCUCCCCAGGACGCUUUCAACUCUCAUUGGCUGGUCAGGGACCUGAGAGGGAAGAGUGAGCGUGAGUUCAGGGCCUAUGUGUCUCUGUUCAUGAGACAUCUAUGUGAGCCGGGAGCAGACGGAGCAGAGACUUUCGCUGAUGGAGUCCCACGUGAGGGACUGUCUCGUCAGCAUGUUCUCACCAGAAUCGGGGUCAUGUCCCUUGUCAGGAAAAAGGUGCAAGAGUUUGAGCAUGUAAAUGGGAAGCUGAGCUCUCCAGAUCUGAUUCCCAUCGGAAUGGAGCUGAAGAAACUGACCGAGAGUGUAUCCUCCGAUCCCAACACCCCUGUGCCAGCCAGCCCUGUCGCCACGCAGCCCGGCACCCCUGUCCCACCAGAGAAGACUGAGUCUCUCUUGGGUACCGCUGAGGACAAGGAGACCACAGACCAAGAUAGCAAGAAACUGUCAGAGCACGAAAAUUCCAGUGCAGAGCCAGCAUCUGCACCUGAGAAGGCAGCUGACAGUGAGGAGAGCAAGGCCAGCUCAGAGGAGAAAACAGGAGAUGAGAGGGACAGAACUGAGUCACCCUCCACAAAGACAGAGUCAUCUGGCAACACAAAAGAGUCCGCUAUGAAACAGACAGAGCUGUCAUCCAGUCAAACCUCACCUAAAAUGGAGCCCUGCAGAGAAACAGAGAAGUCCUCAGACAAAGGAGAUACUGAUUCUCCUCUGGCAAAAACUGAAGACAAGGAAAAUAAGCCAGCUGUUGCAGAUGACAUGAAGAGUGAAUACGCAUUAGAGGGUCGAUUAAAUGGAGACAAAGACACUUUGGAUGAGAUGGACGAGAGCAGGAGGGAGGACAAAAAUGGAUUCAAAGCCAAGUUCAUGUUUAAUAUUGCUGAUGGAGGUUUCACAGAGCUGCACACCCUGUGGCAAACUGAGGAGCGAGCGGCGCUGUCUUCUGGAAAGAUGCAUGACAUCUGGCACCGUCGCCAUGACUACUGGCUGUUGGCUGGCAUCGUAACACAUGGCUAUGCUCGCUGGCAGGACAUUCAGAACGACCCACGCUAUGCUAUUCUGAACGAGCCCUUUAAGACUGAGAUGCAUAAGGGCAACUACCUAGAGAUGAAGAACAAGUUCCUGGCUCGCCGCUUUAAGUUGUUGGAGCAGGCUCUGGUGAUUGAGGAGCAGCUGAGACGGGCAGCUUACCUGAAUAUGACCCAGGACCCCAGUCACCCGGCCAUGGCUCUCAACACGCGUUUUGCUGAGGUGGAAUGUCUGGCGGAGUCCCACCAGCACCUGUCCAAAGAGUCUCUGGCUGGGAACAAGCCUGCCAACGCCGUGCUGCACAAAGUGCUGAACCAGCUGGAGGAACUUCUGAGUGACAUGAAAGCAGAUGUGACACGACUGCCCAACAUGUUGUCCAGGAUCCCACCGGUAUCGGCCCGCCUGCAGAUGUCUGAGAGGAGCAUCCUGAGCCGCCUCACCAGCAGAGGCAGCGAACCGCCACCGCAGCAGCCUUUUAGCCAGGGUGGGUUUGGCUGCUCCCAGAUGUACAGCAGCAGCUUUGGUGGAGGAUUCAGAGGACCAGGGGGACAGCCCAUGGUCAACUACAGUCAGAUGCCUCUGGGACCGUACGUCAGCGUGUCCUCUAACGGUCCCCCACCCCCCACAAGCCAUCUGGACAAGAAGUCACUUGACUCCUUGAGAGACGUGGCUACGCCUGACCUCAAGUCAGGCAAACCUAGUGAUGUCAUCUGCAUUGAGGACUAGAUGAGCUCUGUAACACUGACCUGAGGUCAGAAACUCCCAGGGAUGGAAUCUGUAUGGAUGACAGCCGCCCAUCUCUUGCGCCACAUCGUCCUCUUUCUCCUGCUCCUUCCUGACUUUAAAAUCUACAAAAUCAAGCUGUCUGCUGUCUACGGUUAAGGCGAUGUAACUUUUUUGAUUAAUGCAGAUGUAUCUAUCUUAACAAUUGCACUUUUAUCUUUUGAGGAUCAUAGAUUAGGAGGGAAAAAGGAGCAGCUUUCCUGACAGAGGAAUUUUUUUCAGCCCUUCACUGCAAGGCAAAACUCAAGCAAGUUGGCAGUACUGAGUUUCUGAUGCUCUUGUUUGGGGCUCAUUCUAAUCUUGGAAUGUGUGUUUUAUUCGUGCCAGCCUCGACCGUUUCAUUCUGCGCGCACUCUGCUGCUUUUAACCAUCUUCCCAAUCAUUGUACACUGUGACUGUGCCCCACUGGAGCUUUUUUCUCUGUGAAGAGGAAGUGGAGUCAAGGAUGUCUUCAGUCAUGGUUUGAUAGGGAGAUAGUUUUUUUUUUGUUUGUUUUUUUUGAGGGCCAAUAUUGUUACUUUAAAUGAAUAAGUGUUUUUUUUGUUCAUGUAGUAACCAGUGGAUGAAGUAUUGAUUUGAAAGCAUCAAAAACUAUUCUCAUGUAUGCAGUAGCUGGACACAGUCUGUCUGAAUCCUCUAAAGACUGCCACCCACUGGUAAUUUGGAGAAAGUCAUUUCUGCCAAACCUGCAGAUACACUUGACUGCAGUACCUGUUAGGGUUGGCCUCUUGUACUGUAUAUACUCAGAGACUGCUGUUUAUUUUACCUCACAUAGGUCUAAUCAUAGUGAAAUAUGUAUACAUACAUGGAUGAAAUCAGAAGCCUGGCUUGGUAUCAUAUAUGAAGAUCGGGCAGAGCAGAAGAAACUGUGGCUGAGGCAAAAAUGAUUUUUAACACAUUUCAGAGAAGACUGAGUAUUUCUGUGUAUGGUACAAUACUUGUGAUUCUUUCUAUAUUUGAAUGUUAGUAGUGGCUGUAGAGCUUAACCCUGGGGCCAUGACCAGUGGGACUGCACUAUAAACAGGAACUCAUCUGGUCUACAUCCACAUAGAGGGCUUUAAUGUUCAGGCCUAACUGAGAACACAGUCCUGAGUGGAGAGUGGCUUUUUUUCCUCUUACAUCCCAGGGACUUUCCCAGUUCCCUUUCAUUGUUAGAACUGAAUAAGAAACAUAAAGUCCUUAUGGCGCAAUGUCACCUUAAGUCUUGUAUUUGUCUCAAAAUGAGCUUUUGUUUGCUUCUCUUUACGUUAAGGUAAAAAUUAGAUGUAUUUGGUGCCAUUAAAGAAGAUGAUCCAGUAUGAUUUGUUCUUUGAUGCAGUGUAUUUCCUCCACAGAGGUGAAGACUGUAAUUGGUAGUGUCACAGUCUGAACCUACAUUUGAAGGAAUAUUCUCUGUGUAUCAGCUUUUUAAGGACCAAUGUUGCACAACAUUACUCGUAGAUGAUGUCUUCACUUCCGGCUUCCUCAGUUCUGUUUUGGUUCUUUCAGAAGUGUCUGUCGUCGCCUAUCACUUUACCUGGUGUGAAGGCACUUUAGCAUGGUACAGCUACAUAUCCAUUCCAUCUACUAUUAUAAUGUGCUGAAGUGACAGUCCACUACGUAAAACAAUCUUUUAUAAAUUCAAGCUUACUAUAUUUCCUUUUUCUAUGAAGGCAUUGUUUGAAUGUUUGGACUCGAAGUGCAAAUUCUUAUUGACACGUCUCUUUUUCUUUCUUUUUCCAAAGACCAGUGGCAUUACCUGUUUGUAUUAUUAUUGCCAUUGCCACAGCACUUAUUUAACAUUGUUGAGAUGAUGAUUGUGAUUGGACUAACCUAAACUGAAGAGGUAGUGUUGUAUAGAGUUGGUGAGCGUAUUUUCUUACUCUCCUUUUUGCCAGUUCAAAUGAUUGUCCUGAGGUGCUCCCAUCUGACCCCUUUUCACUUACUUAGAGUGUGUGACUGCAACCUCCUCGCCAAUUCUCAGAUAUGCUUUAAGUAAGAAAACUGAGUUGCAAAACAUUACCCGACUCGUUUUGAAAGCACCAUGAGAUGAACCUUGAAGUACGUCAUAUUGGUUUUUUGCGCUUUGUUAGUGUUAAUCAGUGCUGUUCUGUUCACUGUGUUUCUGUUCAUUUCAUCAAUUACUUGACCAUGACAUGUAUUAGGUUGCUUGACAGAUAGAACCUCAGAAACAUGUAAAUACUUGAAAGAUUUUUCAGAGAUAAGUCCAUCUCCUAUAGAUUUAUGUAUCAAAGUGAAAAAAGAUGAAUGUCUGCUGGGUGGUGUUGCCAUAGAACUGCAGUGUGCACCACAUGUGCUCAUCAAUCAAAAUCAUGUCUUUUCCCUCUGGAGCGAUGACCAUGAGAUGACAUCGAAAACAUACUGCAAUCAAAUGCAAUCAAACUGAAGUCAGUAUGAAUGUAACGUCUGUUAGAAAAAAAGGCUUCAGUCUAAUAUUAUAAAUAUGUUAACAAUGUAUGUACAUGCUUAUUAACAUGGCUUCAAAAGCUACCAAAAGACCCUGAUAAAAGGCACCUUUGUUGCAGUGAAUGCACAGCAUGUGAAGCGUUUGAUAUGACGGUUCACUUUGGGGAGACGGUAGUGUAUCUAGCAUUUACAGACAAUGAGCUCCAAGCAGUGUUAUGGUUCUGAUAUUUGUGCUGUAUAGCAAUUGAAUGAAAAAGUGAAUUGUCAUCUUUUUAUUUGUAUUCUGUGUAUUUGUUCAAUGUGUUUUAAUAAAUCUUCUGGACAACAGUA